ACUAACAAAGCAAUGGGAAACAAAAACCAGGCCACAAAUCCCGCAAAGGUCAGUGCAAGUAGCGCGGCCGGGAGGAGAGCUGGGGCCCGCCCUCCGUGCCGCCUGCGGCUCUCUGAUAGGCCGCUCUGCCCGCCCCGCAUCGGCCGCUCCUCCAAUCGGGCUCGGCCGGCCACAGGGGGCGGGGCUCGGCCUGCCUCGAGUUCGGCCCGCCAGACCUGCGCGCGCCCGCCGACGGACCAGGCGCUCCUAAGUCGCAGGCGGCUCCCACAGCGCCAGAGGCAUUGUUGGGGGCACCUCUGGGUCCUGUGUCGCGAGGAUGCGAAAAGCGUGACGAUAGGCUCACAGACGGAUCGGGCCGAGGGACAGAAUAGCCCUUUCGCGUUCCGCGCCGAGGCGAGAGGGAGGGAAACUCCGGAGUGGAGACAAAGCAGCGGGAGCGGGAACAUCCGGGUCACUCGCGCGGCCUCGAUCCGGGACACGCGCGGCGGCGGCGGCUCUCGAGGGACUCUGAAUAUGUCUGGCAUAGCUCUUAGCAGACUUGCACAGGAGAGAAAAGCCUGGAGAAAAGAUCAUCCAUUUGGAUUUGUAGCAGUACCUACAAAAAAUCCAGAUGGCACAAUGAACCUAAUGAACUGGGAGUGUGCUAUUCCAGGAAAGAAAGGGACACCAUGGGAAGGAGGCUUAUUUAAACUACGGAUGCUUUUCAAGGAUGACUACCCUUCUUCACCCCCAAAAUGUAAAUUUGAACCACCGUUAUUCCACCCAAACGUGUAUCCUUCAGGCACCGUGUGUCUCUCCAUCUUAGAGGAGGAUAAGGACUGGCGGCCAGCAAUCACAAUUAAACAGAUCUUGUUAGGAAUACAAGAACUUCUAAAUGAACCAAAUAUUCAAGACCCAGCUCAAGCAGAGGCUUACACAAUUUACUGCCAAAACAGAGUGGAAUAUGAAAAGAGGGUUCGAGCACAAGCCAAGAAGUUUGCACCAUCAUAAGCAUUUGUCAUGCAGCAUCUUAAAAAGGAAGGGAUUGGUUUGGCAAGAACUUGUUUACAAAACUUUUGCAAAAUCUAAUGUUGCUAUGUACAAUUAAUAUCCACAUGAGGGGAGGGGGUUGUAUGUGUGCCAUUUUCCAUAUUCGCCAGUUGUAUACAGUUCUAAAUUUGCUGAAUUGCCCCCAGUUUUUUCAUACAGGGUCUCUUCCUUCAGUCUUUUGUAUUUUUGAUUGUUAUGUAAAACUUGCUUUUAUUUUAAUAUUGAUGUCAGUAUUUCAACUGCUGUAAAAUUAUAAACUUUUAUACUUCUAUAAAUUCACUAGUAUCUCUAGUUACUUUGCUAUCUGAUGCAGGCAUGCUUUAAAAUGUUAGAACGAUAUUUAGCCUCUAGCUGGCUGUAUAAAAAAAAUCAUGCCCUCCACCCCCUUCCCUCCCUGAAUUUGUUUUUUCUAUCUUUCAGAAACUAGGUUGUUAUUGCUUAAGAGCCUCUGAGAUCCAAAGUUAGCCAGCAUCCUUACUCUGCAUCACUUUCUUUGUGUUUAUAUGGCAUUCUGUCUGUGUUGCUGUUUAGAGUAAAUAAACUGUUUAUAUAAA